ACGUUCGUGCGGUUCGUGCACUGCACUCUCUUGCGUUUUUCCGUGUUUCGGCCUUUCCGUUGCUUUCCGUGAAUACCGGCGACGGCAGAUGCGGAGUGCGUCAUGCGUGGACCGCCUGUCGGCGCGCCUCACGUCACUUGUGAGCGCCCUUCCAGGCAGCUGCCGCGCUGCCGUUCCCCGGCCGUAGUGGCCGGAGCUCCUUCGAGCAGGAUGUGGGGUCCCGGCCGAAAUGACAGCGGCGCUGAACGAAGCGCGGACCGUUUCGAUGAAUGACGCGCUGCCGCCGUCGACGACGCCGGAUCGGCCCUGUGUGUCCCCUCCGCUGGAUUCGGACGGCGACGUUCCCGCUUCGUCGGGGAGGCAACAGGAUGGUUCGGCGGAGUCGACAGCGAGUCUGUCAUCACCAGCACUGCAGAGUGCGUCUUCACCAGAACCAACUGAUCGGAGCGGCAGCGGUGCCCUGGCAUCCUUACUGGGGCACGACGGGGUGCCAUGCUGUCCGGCCUUCACGCAAGCCUUCCUGCAAAGCAUUCUAUCAAGCGUGGACAGCCGCGACCCAGUGGUGUCGUGUGCCUGGACAGAAACCCUUUUGGACGUGGUGGAGCUCUUGCCCAGGGAUACUCUCAGACAGGAGAUUUUGACGCUGGCAGUGCAGAAGGCGCAGUCGUCGCAGCCCAAUGCAUCACGUCUGCUCAGCUGCCGCCUGCUCGGGAAGAUCUGCAUCCGCCUCGAACCGUACACCGUGAAGAAGGAAGUUCUGCCUGUGGUCCAGGCCUUGUGUCAGGACCUGGACGCAAAAGUGCGUGCCGCCAUGUGCCUUCACCUCGAUGCACUCACCAGGGCCAUUGGCUUGGAAGCCACCAAGGCGGCCAUCCUGCCAGCCCUGGUGGAAUUGGCGAGCGAUGGCGAGUGCUCCGUGCGGCUGGCCGCCCUCAACGCCAUGGUGCGCAUGUUGGCGCUCCUAGACGAUGAGACGUGUGGGAGUACGCUGGUUCCGCUGGUGUGCAAGUACGCCGAGCGGGCGAGGGGAGCUGAAGAUGCCACACUACCAGCACUAGCGUCAUUGCUUGGCCGACUUUGUCUGGGACUUUCGGGGACUCUGACCAAGGAGCAACACAGGUGGUUUUUGGAUCUGUAUCGUAGGCUGGCCACUUUGGGCUUGAACAGACACAACUCGGUUUACGCGGAGGACUUGGAGCCAGUCCCAGAAUCUUCACAGUUUGGGGCUGCGCAAUGCCGCCAUGCCUGCGCCCACAACUUUCCCGCAAUGGUGCUUUACGUUGGCGUUCAGGACUUCGAAUCACAGCUGCUCGGCUCCCUGGAGACUCUGUGCUCCGACCCCGAGCCGGCUGUGCGAGCAACCAUGGCUGCCGGAAUGCACCAGGUGAUUUCCCAACUUGAGGGGCAUGGGGGCUGGCCCGGGCUGCUCCUGGGUCAUCUGGUGUCGCUGCUGUGGGACGCGAGCUUGAACGUGCUCCAGGCCCUGGUGCCCAACCUUGAGGCCUGCCUAAGUGCGCUCGCAACCUCGCGCGGGCGCUGUCUUUGCCGAGGAUGGUGCUGCACCGCCUGCGGUUCGGAACAACAGCUGGUCUCUCUGCUGGACGCCUUGGAAGGCUGCGAAACUGCCCUGGGGGCAGGGCCUCGCUGGCGGUUGCACGCGUCUGUGCUGGGCGCCCUCUCCGCACUCUGCUACCCUCCCCUGCCUCGACAGCUUCACUCCCGGUUGGGAUCCAUGCUGCUCUCUCGCUCACGGAGCGCAGGUGCCCUGCCCUGCCGGCUGGCAGCCUCGCAGAGCCUCCUGGUGUGUUUGCGCCACUCUUCCUGCGAGGCGGACCGGGGACAUUUGCUCCAAAGCAUCCUGCAAGAGCUGGGCUCUGGUCGAAGCUGUCGCAGCCGAAUGCAGUUUGUGCGCCUGUGCGGUCAAGCGGUGCAGGUCCUACCCGAGGCGCUGUUCAAGAACCACUUCUUGGAAGCCUUGCUCAAGCUCUCUGGGGACCCCGUGGCCAAUGUGCGCCUGCUGGUGUGCGGCUGCUUGCCCGGCGUCAAGGGGCUGCUGCGGCUACCCGAGGACGGGGCUGCCCUCGCAAGCCUCGAGGCUGCCGUCACACGACGCCUGACAUCUGAAACGGACCGGGACGUGCUCGCCGCGCUGCAGCGCGCUAUUGACGCCCUUGACCAGACGGAAGUGGCCAGUGGACCAGAAACUCUUCAAAGUGUGCCGUCUACGCCCGUCAAGAACUAUCUGCGGGGUGCCUACCCCUGGAGGGAAUCUCGCCUUCCAAAGGCUGCGAGCCUACUCCCGAGGCGUGCUAAAAGCAGUCCCGAAAAGACUCCAACACGAGUCGACAUGGAAAAGACUGUAGAGCCACGACUGUCAGCUGCUUCAGGGAGAGGCAGGAGCUUGCUGCGCGCCGAUCGCGUGGGAUUGGCAACGGCAGAUGCGAAGCUUCGCCGUCUUUCAUUGGGCUGCCCCAUCAAGCUUCAGGAGCCCAGGGCUGGCUGGACUUGCGAGCAGGAAGCCGCAUCGUCACCGUCAUCGUCACUGUCUCGCAGCGAGCCAAACGGAUUGCCACCGAGCAGAAUACCCACGCCCCGCAUUUCAAGACGAAGACGACCCCAGUCGGAAUGCCUGGAGCCUAGCUGACCGUCUCGGGAAUUCAUUGUGUACCUACAGACAAGCACGAGGGGCCGACUGGUGCUCAACUCGAGAAAUGUGCUUCCUUUGCGAAUGAAUCUCGUAUUAUUUUUGUAGAAAGUUAAAACCAGUUGUGGAAUGUUGGCCUUCUCUGUACCCUUUGUAUUUUAUCGACUCAGGUGGGGUGCAGGGUGGGCAGUCAGAAGAGAGUGAUGUUUAUUUUAAACAUAUUUUAAAAGUCAAUAAAGAAGGAAAUGUAUGAA